GUUUGUGCAGACAGGAAAAGAAAUUCUUAAAUUCUAGUAACGUUUGGUUCUAAAUUUCUAGAUUUGCAAAAAGAAUUCUGGAUUUCCGAGAAGACAGGGGUUAUUGAUCGACGAUUUUCCGGACAAAUGGACGACAGAGUUUCAGUACUAGUAACAGGUUUUGGUCCAUUUGGCGAGCACAAGAUAAAUGCAAGCUGGGAAGCAGUGAAGGAAUUAGAGAGCAUUGGUUUUGGAAACAAUAUCAAUUUAACGACACAAGAAAUUCCUGUUGAAUAUGAAACAGUCUCUGCUUUGAUUCCUGCUCUGUGGCAAAAGUACAAACCGAGGGUAUGUGUUCAUGUUGGUGUCUCAGGAUUUACAGACGUUGUGCAACUGGAGACCUGUGCCCAUAACUUAGAUUAUUGCCGAGAGGAUAUUUCAUACAAAUGUCCGAGUCGAAAUAGCUGUGUUUUAGGUGGAAGCGAGUGUCUUCAAACAGAUUUAAAUGUUGAGAAAAUUUGCCAAGAAGUGGAUUCAAAAUUGUGUCCUUGUAAAUUGGAAACAUCUUGUGAUGCUGGAAGGUAUUUGUGCGAGUUUAUUUACUAUAGCUCUCUACAUCAAAGUCUGAAACCAGAACACACUGGUUCAUCAGUUGUAUUUAUCCAUGUGCCUGUACUGGACCAACCAUACACCAAGACACAAUUAGGCCAAACUUUAAAAUUUGUAAUUCUACAGAUUUUGAAACAACUGAAUUAACAAUUGUCAAAAAAUUG